CUCGCCACAUCCUCCCCUGCCCGCCCACCCCGCGCGCACGCUGCGCCGGCCGUGGCAGCCGCGGCCCCCGCCAGACCCCCCGGCGUCGCUCUGCUGAACGAUCUUCCCUCCGCGUGACCCACCGCCUGCGUCUCCCCGCCGCGGCUGGCUGUCCGGCCGCCUGCUGGCGUGCUUGCUUGUCUCCUCCCUUCUCACUGCCUUGUCUGUCUGUCUGCCUGGCUGUCCGUCCCUUCGUGCGGCCGAUCGGUCCCCUGCCGGAGCCUCUCUGGGAGGUGACCCCGCCCUGCCCAGCUGCCCGCCCCCCUUCAGCAUGGGCCCAGCUGCCCCAUCCUCCGGGCGGCGGCCUGGAUGACCGUCUGGCUGUGCCCCGGGACAGGUGUGGAUUCCCACCUGCCUGUCCUCGCCGAGGCUCGUCCCCCACGCCCCCGCCGAGCCCGGCUGCUCCUCGGCACCCCCGGCCAGCACCGGGAAUGGAUCUCUAAGGGAGAAGCCGGGACAGCAGGCUCCUGGGAGUCAGCAUGUGGUGUGGCUGGGCCGCCUCCUUCCUCCUGCUGAUGCUUCGAGGUGCCUGGGGCUGCCUGGACCUCGUCUGCUACACUGACUACCUGCAGACGAUCACCUGCACGCUGGAGAUGUGGGCCCUCCAUCCCCGCCCGCUCGCCCUCACCUGGCAAGACCCAUAUGGAGAACUGGAGGACAAGGUCACCUCCUGCAGCCUCCACUGGUCCACCCACAACGCCACGCACACAAGGUACACAUGCCACAUGGACGUGUCUCACUUCAUGGCUGAUGACAUUUUCACCGUCAACAUGACAGACCAGUCUGGCAACCACUCCCAAGAGUGUGGCAGCUUUGUCCUGGCUGAUAGCAUCAAGCCGUCUCCCCCUUUCAAUGUGACCGUGACCUUCUCAGGACAUUAUAACAUCUCCUGGAGCUCCGAUUACGACGACCCCGCUUUCUACGCGCUGAAGGGCAAGCUCCAAUAUGAGCUGCAGUACAGGAACCGGGGAGACCCCUGGGCCCUGGGUCCGGGGAGAAAGCAGAUCUCGGUGGACUCGAGAAGUGUCUCCUUGCUUCCCUUGGAGUUCCGGAGAGGCUCGAGCUACGAGGUGCAGGUACGGGCAGGGCCCCAGCCCGGCUCCUCCUUCCAGGGAACCUGGAGUGAGUGGAGUGAACCAGCCAUCUUCCAGACCCAGCCAGCGGAGAUAAUAGGAGAGGCCAAAGGCUGGCACCUGUACCUGCUGUUCCUUGUGCUUCUCCCGCUUCUUGUUGUACCCCCCAUCCUGGUCUUCUUGGACCUGAAGAUCCACCUGCCUUGGAGGCCAUGGAAGAAAGUGUGGGUGCAGGUGCCCAGCCCCGAGCGGUUUUUCCAGCCCCUGUACGUGGGCCACAGCGGAGACUUCAAGAAAUGGGUGGGCACACCCUUCACUGCCUCCAGCCUGGAGCUCCCCGGGGCACCCUCGACCCUGGAGGUGCAGAGCUGCUGCCUGCUCCAGAGGGCCACCAAGGGGCCGGUGCCCACGGAGCUGCCAGAGCCAGCAGAUCUGCUGGAAGCCGACGGGGCGCCUGAGACGGGCUCCUGGGGCCCGGCCCCUGCCCCAGCCGGCAGCGUGGACGGCUCCACUUACAACCAGGAGAGGUACCGGCUCUAUGGCCUGCUGUCCCUCGACACGGUGACUGUGGCGGAUGCAGAGGGGCUGUGCACCUGGUCCUGCAGCUGUGAGGAUGACAGCUACCCAGCCCUGGGCCUGGACACUGGCCUGGAGCCUGCCCGGGGCCCCGCGGACCCCCUCUCAGGCCCGGGCACCACAGUCCUCUCCUGCGGCUGUGUCUCGGCCGGUGGUCCUGCUGGGCUGGAGGGGUCCUUGGGCAGCCUCUCUGACAGGCUGAACUUCCCCCUGACAGAGGUGGCGGGUUGGGUCCCAGGGCCACCCUGGGGUGGUGGGCUGCCCCGAGGAGUCUCUGACAGCGAGGCAGGCUCACCCCCGGCUGGCCUGGACAUGGACACGUUUGACAGUGGCUUCGCGGGCUCCGACUGCGGCAGCCCUGUGGAGUGUGACUUCGCCAGUCCCCAGGACCAGGGGGCCCCCAGGACCUACGUCCGCCAGUGGGUGGUCGCGGCCCCUCCACCUGCAGAACCGGGGCCCCAGGCCAGCUAGCAAGGCCAUCAGGCUGUCAAGGGUUGACCAUGCCACCAGACCAUGAGCCAGAUAAUGUGGUCAUCUGCCCAGCCUGUGCAUGGUGAGGCCUGCAGCCUCUGGUCUGCUGACAGGCCCCUGACCCCAAUGUUUACAGAGCGUGUUUGUGUGUGCGUGUGUGUGAACUCAUGAUUUCGCCCCAGUGUGUGUGCAUGUGUGUGCAAGUGAACUCGUUAUUUCCCUCAGUGUGUGCACACACGUGCAUGUGUGCAGGUGUGAGGUGUGUGUGGGGUCCUGAGUUCCCCUGUGUCUGUGUGUGCAUGCACGUGCACGCAAACUCAUGUGUUGCCCUUAGCAUGUGUCCGUGUGCGUGGAUUGGGUACCCACGCGUGUGAACACAUGAACUUGUGGACAUGGUAGCAUAUCAUAGUCUGCAUGUAUGUUCACGUGCCGUGUGUGUGUCUGUGCAUGCACUGUGUGCGUGUGAGCAGAGUGCGUGCCUGUGCGGGCUUGUUUCCAGGCACGUAGAGGUGACCGCCUUGGCUGUGUGCGCAAGGGCUGGUCCAGUGCUGCCCCAGGGGCUGCUGGGAGAUCAAGCACUGCCUGUGGCCAGCCCAGGCCCAGCCUCCUUCCUGGUCCACGUCACCCUCCAGGGAUGCGGGGAGGGGAGGAGAGACCCCGCUGUGACCUGGGGGUGGGGGAGAUGGUUUGGGGGCCUGUGAUCUCUGAAUCCUAAGUGCCACCUCCUGGGCAAGUCGUGUCCCCUCUCUGAGCUGCUGUCUCCUUGGCCUAGAGCAGGGAAAGACGUGACCUUCUGCGGGGAGAAAUCCGGGAGGGACUGGACUCGACGCAGCCCAGAGCAGACCCUCAGUAAAUGUCAGCUUCCUUCCUUCUGUGGCCGGGCCCCAGGCUUGCGCCGAGGGUGGGGGUGAGAAAACCAGCCAGCAGGACCGCCGGGGGGCCCGUGGCGCUGACCCGCCCUGCAGAGGGGAGCGCGGGGGUUUCCGGGCUGACAAUCAGCCAGCCCUGACUCUUAGAAACAGCCCCUCACCAGCCACGAUUUCUUUUUCUGGCUCCUGCUGCCCUUUUUUCUAUUCACUUUUAUGCACCCAAGAAAUAAAUAUUGAACACCAGUACGAGCCGGGCACCAUGCCAGGGGUUGGGAGAGGGCAGGGGUCCCCAAGCCAGCGUGGCCGUCCACGGGGCACUCCCUUGCUGAGCGGAGACAGACAGACGGCACGGCAGCUCCCGGCUUUCCGAUGUCAUCAUUCCAUCCUUGGAGAAUUGGGGACGGUCAAGUCGCUUGUGUCUGUUUUCUGGAACAGCCAGCUGAAAUGUGGACUAAGAAGCCACGAAAACACCAGCGUUCCGAAGGCACCUCACUGAACAUUAGUUUUGUAUAGGAGUUAUAUAUCAGUGCUGACAUGGUAUACAAAUUAUGGGUUUUUUUUUUUUCUUUUAAAAAAAUAGACCAUUUUCCCUUGGCGUGCCCACCUCGACUACACAUUUACUAGAUCAGGCAGGGUUAAGGCGAGGGAGAGUCUGAUUCCUUAGGCCUUCCCAUCAGGGCCCUGAGGGAAGCCCCCCACCCUGGCCUGGGGUCACGUCAUCUUCCCCAAAGAGGAGGGUGCAAGCGAAUGCUUGGAGGAGACAGUUUUGGCCCAUCUGCGCUUUUGGAGCAGGGCUGGGCUAGAAGUUUCUAGUAGAAAGUUUCUCCAUGCCUCAUUGGUAAAAAGAGAUGUUUGGGAGGGGUUGCUGAGAGAAUGCACGGGAAGUCCUUGGUGCCUGCAAAAGGCUGGAAACUUCUAGAACACUGAUGGUUUUAGUGGUGGGACUCUUAAACUGGAAUCAGGAUGUGGGAGACCCAGAUGGGAGCACAGGUGUGAAACCGCAGCUCCUGCACGUGUGAGUGGCCCUUUUUCCCCGCCCCCUCCACCACCCCACAGACACUUGGGCCAAGGUGCACUGUGAGUUUCACACUCUCUUGUGGGCAACAGGUUCCAGGUGCCAGUGGAGCCGCAGGCCCCUGGAGAACCAGCUCAGCUCCCCGGCACACAGAGCUCCUGGGGGUGGGGAGGGGAGCACUGGGGAGAUGGGCUGAUCCCAGCCUGGAGCUCAGAUGGGGGCUCUGCCCUGAGCAGACCUGGCUCUUCGCUGACUCCAUCUUUGAAGGGGAGAAAAAAGUUGUCCACAGAAGUUGGGUGCAAAAAAAGAGGGGGAGAAUGGCUGGUCCACCAGAAAGGAUGGAUGAGUGGAUGAGCUCCACGAGGGCAGCAACUUGGUCCGUUUUGUUCAAGGCUUUCUCCGCAGCCUAGCGUACUCAAUAAAGCCUGAUUUGUUUCUUGA